AUGUCUGAUCCUGCUUCCUCCGAGUCGCAAAAUCUUCUUCCUCCUCCGCCAGCUCCUCCAUUACCGCCAGGCCGGCUGGGCCAAUUGCAGAGAAUCAUUGCACCCUGGGGCAAGCAUAGUGGUUCCAAGUCGCAUGGAGGUACAGCGCAGGGCGAUCGUGACGGCGGUCUGCGUCGAAUCACUGGCAUACACACCUCGCAUUCCUCCCGAACGGCCACCCAUCGCACGGGCAUCCCCAUUGCCGCCGUCGAUAUCAACCGCCAAAGGACUCACGCGGUCUUGGCUGGAAAGGAGAUCCUGAAGACAGUGCGUGUCCACGAUGGCAAGGUCACGGAAGACCUAAACAUUCGGGCGUCCAUCAGCUCAUACGCCUCCGCCCACUCUUCUACGCAGUCGGAUAGCGCUGAGAAGCGGCGGGAAUAUCUUCCGGCAAGAGACGUCAAAUGGUCGAUAGGUCACUGGGACCACAUUAUAGCGACGGCAGCUACGAAUGGUCGCAUUGCACUGUACGACCUGAAUGCACCCAGCCCCAAAACGGAGUGGGCAUGGCUCCAUGAGCAUACAGGACAAAUCAACAAGCUAGACUUUGAUCCUCAUGCCGGCUAUCUGUUGCUAUCCGCCAGCCAAGACAAGUCGGUGCGUCUGUGGGACUUGAGGCAAUCUCAGCCUAACAAGUCCCGCAUCAGGUUCGAAGUGCGCAGUGCAGUUCGAGAUGUUCGCUGGUCUCCGAACGACCCAUUCGAUUUCGCCGUCUGUGCAGAUGGAGGCGUCAUUCAGAAAUGGGAUGCUCGUGCACCUGUCUCGCCCCUGCUGAGUAUCAACGCACAUGAGAAGGCCUGUUAUGCCCUAGACUACCACCCAGACGGGCGUCACGUUGUAUCAGGGGGGUUCGAUAAGUACAUCAGAGUGUGGGAUUUUCAGACCAACAGAAAACGCCAGAAGCCUGUCUUCCAGCUCAGAGCACCCCACGCUAUUAGGAAUAUCAGGUGGAGGCCCGCCUCCGAUGUACCGGAAUCCGGAGAAUCGACCUUUUGGCAAAGCACCCAAGUCGCCGUCUCGUACUAUCACGACGACCCUCGCUUGCACAUCUGGGACCUCCGGCGGCCGCUCCUGCCGUUUCGAGAGCUCGACAGGUAUAGCAUACCUCCUAACGAUCUCCUAUGGGCGGAUAAGGAUUUACUAUGGACGGUGGGUGACGAGGGUAUUUUCACCCAGUGGGACAUCAAGCACACAGUACCCUUCUACAACCAAAUUGCCCCAUGCACCUCGACAUUCCUCCCGGACGGAGAGUACUACACAUUUUCCGAGGAAAGAGAUACCCGACGAGUGUCUUUUCUGGACAAUGCAGCAGCAGGCUUCUUGAAUGUGCCGCCAGACAAAUUAAGCAGCGGUGACGAUGGGGCAGCAAGCCGAAGUCUGACAGAUGACGAAGGAGGACUCGAUUCAACAGCUGGGACAAGUUUCCGUCGACGGGAAGGUGUAAACGUACCCUCGAGGUCUAGUAAAUCUCACACAAACAGUCCAUCGUCAAUGGAGGAUCGACCGCCAGUGCCAAUCCUCCCACUAGAUGCCUCCGUCCUCAACCACCAAGAUCUGUUCCACAACAACCAGGUGGGUGCAACUGGCUAUAUUCCCGGUGUAGCAGCCGAGCCACAAGUUGUGGAAUAUUUGGCCUCGCACUACGCAACGCCUGCGACGGCCGAUGAUAAUAAGUCUUCUCCAGACACAAUACUCAAUCGUUUGCAGAAUGCUUUCCACCAGAACGCCGCGGCGUGUGAUGCAGUGUCCAUGCAUCGUAUGGCACAGUCUUGGCGGAUUCUAGGAGCAGUGAUUGUGCCAGAACUCAAGGAUUGGGCUGACGCGAAUCGUGCCAGCCGGCGAGCGGACGCCGCAAGGCGACGGGAGACUCUGGAGAGCUUUCGAGCAGGAGGACAUCGCCCUGGUCUUUCUCCGUUGGCUGGACUUCCAAACCGAGGCUUCAUCACAAAGUCGGAUAGCAAGAGUCAGAAACUCAUGAGCAGCCUGUUCAAGGGUAUUGCUGCGGGAGACCGCCCGCAACAGGUAUCUGAGAUGGAUAGCACGUCGAACAUGACAACACCGUUGGCCAAACCACUACCGAAUUCACCUCCGCCGAGCCUAAAGAGACGGCCUCUCUCAACCACCGAAGAGGGGCUGGACAAUAUUGCACCUCUGCCUCCGUCGGUCCUGAGUUCACACUCGACAGCAGCCGCAGCCGCUCGAGCUUUGAUCAGUUUUCCUAACCAAAGCACAAGUUCAGACACUUCUUCUCCCGAGCUGGUCAGAGCUGAGGAAGCUUCCAAGAAACCCUCACCACAUCCUGGCUCGCUGGUCUCACCAAUGAAGAGGCCACGACCCGAGCUCUUCGUCGAGCAGAAACAGAGCCAAACUCGCACCCAAGAAGAUCGUAGAGCAGCACUACGCGACUAUCGCAUCCAAGCUCGACCUAUAUUCUCCUUGGCCGAUUCGACAACAAACGUAGCCUCGCAAAGCAGGCACGACUCGGACGAGAGUUUCCCGAUGUUUUCGGUAUCGACGGACAGUUCGCAUCGGUCCAGGUCAAUUGGACAGUCAUUUGACUCUUCUCGCACAGGCAUGAGGAGAUCUACAGCGCACUCGGCACAGGAACCGGUCUCUAGUCUAGACGAUGACUAUGACUUGUCGUAUUCGGACGACGCUGACGACAGGAGGCCCGGUCCCAUACGAGGAAUGGGUAGCUCGGCGUACCAGCGCGAAAUCGGAGUGUCUGCGGUCCAAACACCACUGGAAAUGAGCUUUGGGCUUGACGGGCAAGAGCAUCCCCCUGCGUCAUCUCCAAAAGACAAAGAUAUAUGGCAUUCGGUUCCACCACAUGAAUCUGCGCCUCCCUCGCACUUAGACACGGCUGCAUCGUCGUCCCCUGAUAUUUUCCAUUUUGAGGAGGGAGCCUCGAUGGCCAAGCCACGAAUCCAUACGUCGAAUCCCAUUCGAGUGGAGGCGACAAAUCACGGCAUCGGUGACGACAAUCAACGCCCCGAACACGGAUCACUGAACCGCCUCUCGAUGGAGGAGUUAGACCAUGAAACGUACCUAUACCAGGAUUUUCAGCCCAUCGAUCUAUCUAGGUAUGAGCCAAAACUGCCAUUCGCAUGGUCAUCGCUUCCACUGAUAUGCCAAUGUGUAUCCUUCGACCUGGAUAACGGCAUCGGCCAGGGUCAGUUUGCGGCGCAUCUUCUGAUGCAUGUUCACCCGUACUUCUUUCAUGCCAGCUUUCGCACAUUGAGACGAGGAGAGAGCGCAUCUGCUGACAGCCUCGCCGAUCGACUGAUGACGCCGCAACUGGGGCACCGGAUCAUCGAAGGGAUCUUUGAGAACCACGUUUUAUUUCUGAGGCAGAUGGGCCUGUUUGAAUCCGCAGCGCUGUUGAGAAAAAUGUGUGUCGAAUUCAAUUACCCAGGAAUCUAUCGAUCACCGUCGGAUAGUAAGCACGCCGGUGGCAGUCUUGGCAACGGAGAUUCAAGGACUCUGUCCAUUCGCCUGCAGCAGCAAGUGAGACGAGAGGAUGAAGCCAAACUGAUCCGGGGGCCGAAUCCUGCGAAUGGCACGGGCGGCUCGACCAAGCGAGAUCUGUUGAGAGCGACACCCAGCCCUGCGGUCGACAAGGCACGAGUGGCUCUCCGCAACAGUCUGGUUGGAGAGCGGGCAACUCAAAGUGGCGACGAACGGACUCUGCCCAGCAGAAGAGGCAGCAGCAGAGGGCGGACAUCAGCAUUCAGCAACUCCAAGAAGAGCGUUCGACUCAUCACACCUGGAGAAGAGAGCGAACAAUCACCUUCACGCACUCCAAAUCGUUAG